AUGUCAGCCAAAGACAAAAGCGAAUCCUGGUCUGACGCUCUCACUGCGGAACCUCGCUUUGAAGCGGACUUUUGCGUCCCCGAUAACAAGUUUGCCUUCUCCCCGGGCCAGUUGAACAAACUGUUCAACCCGAAGUCCCUUGCCGCUUUCUACGCCUUGGGUGGUCUGCAUGGUCUAGAAUAUGGACUGCAAACAGAUCUUAGCGCUGGGUUAUCGGCAGAUGAAAGGAUCCUAGCUCGGUAUACAACCUUCAAUGAAGCGAGACAGGUUGCCUCCUCACAGACGAAUGGGACCCUAUCGCACUCAUCAAAAUAUUUAAUUCCACCGGUUGAAACCGCUCAGAUUGUAUCUCAAAUCGCGGAACGAUAUCGGGUCUUCGGCACGAAUGCACUCCCUCAAGCGUCGCACAAAACGUUUUUUAAACUUCUUUGGGAUGCAUACAACGAUAAACUCAUUAUCCUGCUUACCAUCGCCGCGAUUGUGUCGCUAUCCCUGGGUAUAUAUGAAGCUGUGUCCGGGCAGUCGCAGGUGGACUGGGUCGAGGGGGUGGCAGUCUGCGUUGCUAUCCUGAUUGUGGUUUCUGUAACAGCGGGGAAUGAUUGGCAGAAACAGAGGCAAUUCGGGAAGUUGAACGAGCGCAAACUUGACCGCGAAGUUAAGGCUAUCCGCUCCGGGAAGACGAUUCGGAUGCGCAUCAGUGAUCUCACUGUUGGCGAUGUCGUGUGUCUAGAAGCGGGUGACGCAGCUCCUGCGGAUGGAAUUGUAAUAACAAGCCAGGAGAUCAAAUGUGACGAGUCCCUUGCCACAGGCGAGUCCGAUCAUGUCGAGAAGUGUAGUGGGUUCAAAGCUUGGGACAGUCGGGCAACUAGUGGGUCAGAGCAUGAUAUUGACCCCUUCAUCAUAUCUGGGAGCAACAUUCUCGAGGGUAUAGGGACGUACCUGGUUACCAGUGUCGGGCCACAUUCAACGUAUGGCCGAAUCAUGGUCUCUCUAGGGACCGAGACAGAUCCGACACCGUUGCAGGUGAAGCUUGCGCGGUUAGCGAGUUGGAUUGGGUGGUUUGGGCUUGGGUCCGCUUUGUUGUUGUUCUUUGUCCUGUUUGUCCGUUUUCUGGUACAGAUGUCGGCGAACGAAGAGACGCCGGCCGUAAAGGGACAGCACUUCAUGGAUAUAUUGAUAGUUACUGUCACGGUUAUUGUAGUGGCAAUUCCUGAGGGCCUACCACUUGCCGUGACUCUAGCACUAGCUUUUGCAACUGGCCGGAUGCUGAAAGAGAAUAACCUUGUUCGACUAUUAAGGGCCUGCGAGACAAUGGGCAACGCGACCGUGGUAUGUUCUGAUAAAACAGGGACCUUAACGCAAAACAAAAUGUCUGUAGUCUCGGGAUUCUUCGGCCCCAGUCAGCCUUUCGGUACAAUCCCUUCAAGCACUGCUGGAUUACUUAUCUCGAUAUCGGAGACCUUGGAGAAGUUCUCGUCAUCGUUUGAAGAGCUACUUCUUCAUAGUCUGGCACUCAAUACAACCGCUUUCGAAGAACAACAAGGUGAGGAUAAGAAGUUCAUCGGAAAUAAGACGGAGGUCGCCCUUCUCCAGUUCGCACAUCAGAGCCUCGGGAUGAACUUUUCUGAAACAAGGACAAACAACCACAUUGAACACGUCUAUCCCUUUGACUCGGCACGCAAGACAAUGGCAGUGGUAUAUGCUAGACCAACGGGACUCGGAUAUCGAUUCCUCGUUAAGGGCGCAUCCGAGAUUCUUCUCUCUGCUUCCACUCAAAUGGUCUCAUCAAGCCCGGAGGGGGAGAUUUUACCUGUGUGUGAUAUCUCCCCAGAUGACCGGUGCUUGAUAUCAGGGAGGAUAGACGCCUAUGCCCGAGCCUCGCUUCGAACAAUAGGACUAGCUUAUAGAGAUCUCCCAACCUGGCCAUCAGCCCUUCAGAAACACCAGCCCACUCUCGAUGAACUUUUCCAUGACAUGACCUGGAUCGGAGCCUUCGGAAUUCACGACCCGCUAAGACCCGAGGUCCCCGAAGCAAUUCAGACGUGCCGUGCGGCUGGAAUUCAAGUUAAAAUGGGUAUGGCCGUGCAGGCUUUGACAAGCACAGGCGACAACAUACACACGGCACUCGCAAUUGCCGAAGCAUGCGGUAUCAAGACGAAUGACGGCAUCGCGAUGGAGGGGCCUGAACUGCGGAAGCUAGGAGAGAAUGAGCUGACUAUUGUCAUCCCAAAAUUGCAAGUUCUCGCGCGAUCCUCCCCGGAUGACAAGGAGCUUCUAGUAAAACAGCUUAAGCGCCUUGGGGAGAUCGUCGCUGUGACUGGGGACGGGACGAAUGACGGCCCGGCGCUGAAAGCUGCGGACGUGGGAUUCUCGAUGGGACUAAGUGGGACUGAAGUUGCUAGGGAGGCGAGCUCGAUCAUUCUUCUAGAUGAUAACUUCAGCUCUAUUAUUACAGCAAUUGCAUGGGGAAGGGCUGUGAAUGAUGCUGUGGCCAAGUUUUUACAGUUCCAAAUCACGGUCAAUAUAACCGCCGUCGUUCUUACAGUUGUGACGGCGAUCUACAGUAGCAAGAACGAGAGCGUGUUCAAAGCCGUGCAACUGCUUUGGCUGAAUCUCAUCAUGGAUACGUUCGCCGCACUAGCUCUGGCAACCGAUCCUCCAACACCCGACGUCCUCAGUCGUCCUCCAACUCCCCGCAGUGCCCCUCUCUUCACUGUGAUAAUGUGGAAGAUGAUUCUCGGCCAGUCCAUUUACAAGCUUGCCACCUGUUUUACGCUGUACUUCGCCGGCCACUCGCUCUUCUACUUCGACAAAUCCGACGAAGCCGAGAUGCUCGAGCUAAACACAAUGAUUUUCAACACCUUUGUCUGGAUGCAAAUCUUCAACGAGUUCAACUGUCGGCGGCUCGACAACAAAUUCAACAUAUUCGAGGGCAUACACAAGAAUAAAUGGUUCCUCGUGAUUAACCUCGUUAUGAUCGGCGGUCAGAUAUUGAUUAUUUUUGUCAGCGGCACGGCAUUUGGUGUAACUAGGCUUUCUGGUUGGCAGUGGGGGGUCUCACUUGGGUUUGCAGUGUUUUGUGUUCCGUGGGCGGCGGUAUUGAAGCUCGUUCCGGAUACGUAUGUGGAGGUUGUGUUGGACAUGUUUGCACAGGCGAUUAAGCACGUAUUUGCGUGGUUCUUCAAGGGCUAUGAGUGGGUAACACCGAAGGUAAAAGGGUGUUAUCAUGCGGCUACUGCGUGGUCAAAAAUGGGGCGAGGGAGGGUUGUAGAUGAGGAGUCUCUAAAUAGAAUUAAUCACUAA